AAAAACUUAACAUGAGUCCAGACGACGUAACGCAAACAUUUACUGCAGUGUUACUAUUAAAUACUAUUACAUAAUCCUAAAGGACCCACACAGCUCUUAUCAUUUAACCUGAGGUGCUCUCUUUUGAGACUUGGGACACGUAAAAGAAAAAAACGAAGUAUUACCAAAGUAGUGUAAAAAACACGUAGUUAGACUAUAAAGGGAAAUGACGGGAUAAUGUACUUGCCUCACAUCAGAUGGAUCUUCGCUGCACUGGCCUCGUCUUUUGGCCGGUCAGUGGCACUGUAGUCCUCUGUGGAGCUCUCAAACUAUAUUUCUCUCUUCUUGCACUACAAAGGCAACAAUAACAACAGCUGCACUUAUCACACUGAGGACUUCACAGGGAAACAUGGCGUGAAGAUGACUUCAGAAAGCUGUCUUCCUCUUUAUUUCCAGCGCCUUUCUCCUGCGAAGCUGUUGCACUUGUUUUAAUGGCUGAUCUGUUCUCAGACUGUUGUGCAGCUUUAUUUUAAGGCGCGGGGCUGUUUUUGCGCGUCAACAAUAAGGACCAUGCUGCCGGAGCGACGGUGAGCGCGUUAAAUGAGCGCAUUUCACUCAAUGGGAUUUUAUAUUUAGCUCUGUGAGACGCACUGGAAGAGCAGCAGGGCAGCGGAAAGAGGAGACUCCGAUCCCGGUGUUGUCUGACAUUUUGAUCCUUUUGAGAUCGUUUCGAGACCCUCAAAACUUGUCGUUCUCGUAUCGCGCUGUGCGUUAUCAGGCUAUGUGGUGGUGAGGGCGCUGUGUGUGUGUGUGUGUGUGUGUGUGUGUGACAGAGAGAGAGAGAGAGAGAGAGAGAGAGAGAGAGAGAGAGAGAGAGAGAGAAGGGGAAUAGCGCAAAUUUAUCUACAGCUCCAGGGGAAAAAAGAUGAUGAUGGCCGGUGGUGGCGGAGCAGCCGUGGACCAUAACGGGAUUUACUCAAAUCCUAACCUCCACAGCCUACAGCAGCCUCACAUGGAGGCUGAUAACCCGGACUCCCGCAAACGACCGCUGGAAACUCCGACGGAGGAGGCCGGCUGUACCAAGCGUACCAACACUGGAGAGGAGGGUGAGUACUUCCUGAAGGUGCUGAUCCCCAGCUAUGCAGCCGGCUCUAUAAUUGGCAAGGGCGGCCAGACCAUCGUACAACUGCAGAAAGAGACGGGUGCCACCAUUAAGCUGUCCAAAUCCAAAGACUUCUACCCAGGAACAACAGAACGCGUCUGUCUGAUACAGGGUACAGUCGAAGCCCUCAAUGGUGUUCACAACUUCAUCGCGGAGAAAGUCCGCGAGAUGCCCCAGAGCGCACAGAAACCCGAACCAGUCAGCAUACUGCAGCCACAGACCACUGUCAACCCAGACCGCGUCAAACAGGCCAAAUUGAUCGUGCCCAAUAGCACAGCUGGGCUGAUCAUUGGCAAGGGCGGAGCCACAGUGAAAGCAGUAAUGGAGCAGUCAGGGGCUUGGGUGCAGCUCUCCCAGAAGCCAGAGGGCAUCAACCUGCAGGAGCGAGUGGUAACCAUCAGUGGGGAGCCUGAGCAGAACCGCAAGGCUGUUGAAAUCAUAGUACAGAAGAUCCAGGAGGACCCUCAGAGCAGCAGCUGUCUCAACAUCAGCUAUUCUAACGUCUCGGGCCCAGUGGCCAACUCUAACCCCACAGGCUCCCCCUAUGCUAAUACGGCCGAGGUGCUGCCCAACGCAGCCGCAGCAGCUGCCACUGCCUCCAGCCUUCUGGGCCAGGCCGGCUUGACAGGGAUGGGCGCCUUCCCCGCCGCCAUGUCCAGCUUCUCUGGUAAUGAUCUGCUGGCCAUCACCUCAGCCCUCAAUACACUGGCCAGCUAUGGCUACAACACUAACACCCUGGGCCUAGGCCUCAACCCUGCAGCUGCAUCUGGGGUCCUUGCUGCAGUAGCAGCUAGUGCUAACCCAGCUGCUGCUGCUGCAGCUAACCUGCUGGCAUCCUACGCGAGCGAUGCCUCCAGCAGUGCUGGCCACCCUGCUACGGGCCUUGGUGGGUUCUCCCUGGGUUCUCUAGCAGCUGCUACAGGGGCUUCCAAUGGUUACCUAAAUGCUUCAUCCCCACUGAUGGCCUCCUCCCUAUUGGCAACAGAGAAGCUGGCGGAUGGGGCCAAGGACGUGGUUGAGAUUGCUGUUCCGGAGAAUCUGGUUGGUGCCAUUUUGGGGAAAGGAGGGAAAACGCUGGUAGAGUACCAGGAGCUAACAGGAGCCCGCAUCCAGAUCUCCAAAAAGGGAGAGUUCAUUCCUGGUACUCGGAACCGUAAAGUUACCAUAACAGGGUCCCCAGCCGCUACUCAAGCAGCGCAGUAUCUGAUCAGCCAGCGGAUCACUUACGAGCAGGGUGUGCGUGCUACCAACCCACAAAAGGUGGGCUAAAAGGAAAAAGAAGAGGAAAGAAGGAAAGGAUGAAGACAGAGAUAGAAGGGAAAUGAGAGGGUCACGAUGAAUAGAAAAAAGAAAUGUCCAAAUAUCUGUUCAAUAUUUCAGUAUCAAAUGAGAGAAUCACAAAGGAGGAGGUGGGGGAGACAACCAAGAUAAGUGUGUGUGAUAUGUGAAUGUGUUUUUAGGACUGACGUCCUGAUGUUUUUUAAAAGUUUGUGUCGAGUCCUUUUGACGAUGGUGAUCAGAGUAAGCUGAACUGGUCCACUGCCAAGCUGCAGAUUCAAGGGUGAGGCCGCAGGGUUUCACCCUCCUCCAAAACCUCAUAGCUGUUUUAUUUUUCUUUUUUGUUUUUGUUUUUUUUUUUCCUGUUUUUAUUUCUGUUUUUGUUUUUUUGUUUUUAAUUUCAGUUGCAAACCUCAGCUCCCGGUGAGUUGAGCGUGUCAGAUGAAGUUCCAGCCAGCUUAUAGAGCUGUUCUAAAAACCUUGCUCUUUGUACACAAUGCAGAAGGCAUUGUUAACAGGGGAGAGGUUUAAUGACAAGCACCUGAGGUCAUCUCAGUCUAUGGGGAAGCAAUCUGAGUAUAAUUUCUUUAAAGAAAUCAUAUCUAUUUUGACAUAUGUUGAAUUCUGGCUCAUAUCAUAAUUGAAGUUUCUAAAUUUGGGUAUUUUAUAUUUUCAUCCUUUAUUUAUUGACAUGGUCUCAUUCAAACACAAAUAGAUUAUUUAAACCUGUGAAUGCAGGUUGAUCUGAAUGUAAAAACAAUAUUAGCCUAUUGCUAUUUUUUAUUUACAGGGAUCAAAUAUUGUGUUGCAGUGAAAGAAAUGUAUAACUCAAACCCAGUCUGAACUUCACUGUUGCUGUCUGCAAGAAUAGUUCAGGGGUUAAAUAAUCAAUGUGAGAGGAUAGAGGAGACACACAGGAAUGUAUAAAUAUAUUUUACAUGGACAUACAUAGAUAAUGCUCCCACAAACGCACAAACACUGAAACAUAUUUGCAUAUUCAGUCACAGCUACAAACACACAGAAAUAUGUUUGUUGUUUAACCCUUUCUUGGUGCUAUAGGAUUAGAUUUAUAUCUCCUUUACCAUGAAAUCAGAAUCUCUCUGGCGACUAAUCUGUUUACUUGAUUUAAAAAAGCUGGUGUGUCGUCCAGCCAUUAGUAGCCCAUUGGAUCUGACCCAGCCUCUCACCUAAUGAAAAAGGACUGAUUUCAGCAUUUCAUGAUGAAAAGCAAUCCAGUCUUAAUAUUUCAAGUCCAUCUUCACUUCAAAUGCAGGUCUUUUUUUUUUUCUUUUUUCCAAAAAUUGGCCAUACUCUAGAUUUUACCUGACAAUAUUUUUGCCUUAGUGACACAUUUGUAACUCCCAAGAAAUAACUUAAAGCUCAGACUACCUUGAAGCAGUGUCUAACCAGUUCAGUUCGCAAAGGGAACAAAGCACUACAAAAGCAUUUUGAUAAGAAAAGCUGUAUGAACCAAUAUCUGUGAACAAUGAAACUAUUGCCUUUACAUUAAGGGUACCAAAUAGUCAAGAGACAUACACUAAUGAAAGGGAAGUAGACUGACACUUGAAAAGAAGGUUUGGACUCACUUUUUCUGUGAGCCAUCCUUCCCAAUUUGCAUCAAGACAAAAAAAAAAUUCUGUAGUUCAUCCAGGCAGCCUGUUAUUGUUCCCAAAACAUGUUAACGCUCACUAACUUCAAGUGAAGCACGUAAUAAAACAUAACAAAAUGUUUUGGCAUCAUUGUCUUUUAUGGGCAAUUGUUUGUCUAAUGCAGGGAGGCUAAUUGUCUAGAGCAUUUACAAGCACUCGAAUAUUACCUUGGCUUCCUUCUGUGCUGCUAUCCAUGGUGUUCAUCCUGGGUACACUGGGUCUCUGAAGACUGCACUGUGAGACAUUAAGAACACAAUGUAAAGUGUGUCUGUCCCUGCUUGGGAUGUGAUUAUAUUUUAAUGUGCACAUCUAUGUCACAUACACAAAACCUACCGAUACUGACAGAAGGGAUAUCUCCACAAGAGCAUUUAUACUCCAGCGUCUUGUGAUGUUUCUGUUUACCAGUACCAAUGCACUGCACUUAAAAUUAGCGGACAUUUUCUGAUCAGCGAACCACAAAUUAUUCCCUCCAUAUUUUCCUGCACUGUACUCUCCAGUCCUAUGACGUCCACUUCCCCACUCUAAAGACAUCUUUCGAUUGCCCCCCCCUCAUCAACCCAAGCUCUAUGAUCAGCUUCCUGAAUACUCGGCUGUGAGGGUUGGUGCUGAGUAGUGUCCAAGAAAAUCAGAGCCACUCCCGUUUUUUGGAAAAUUUGAUGAAUAGCCUUUUCUCUUUUCAUUUUCAUAAUUCAUGUUUGAAAGUAAAUGGAUUUGAAAGUGUUUGAAACAACUUGUUGUGUCUGAACAUUAUGCGUGGCAAUUGCAACAGUGAGCCUUUCUUCCUAACUGAAAUCUUUCCUUUCACUAUGUGUCUGGAAGGCUUCACAGUCAUCCAUAACUACAAUCUGGCCACUAGUGAAACCAUAGCUUAAGAUAACCUUUUACUGCCCAAGAUUUUAGCAUAUAAUAAGAUACAAGCACAAAACAAGGGGAUGUUUUAUCAAUGCAACUGGACUGCUUGCCUGCAGAGAGCUCUCCUUCAAAGCGCUCUGAUCAAUACAUUGUGCCAAAUAGUAUUUCUCUCUGCCCCUCAUUAACUUUCCUCUUUCUCUCAACAUUUUAUUCCCCUGCAUGUUGCUGUUUCUCACUGUUCUGAGAAUUCCUCCUGUGUCCCAAUCCCUGUCUGUGCUUCUUCCUACACUGUGCUCUCCCCCUCUUUCUCCUUCCUCCUGUCUUGUCUUCUCAUGGGCGGUGUGUCGGGUGUGCUGCUGGUGGGAGUUAUGCACUAUAGGUCGUAAGGGUAUGAAAAUAUUUUCCCAGGCCGUAGAGUUCACAAGGCUAAAAUGCACAGAAAACACCUGCCUCCAAAACUGUGACACCCACAAGACCAACCAGCAACAUCAGCUCAAAGUAUCAAAUUCCCUCUAUAAGAAGAACAAGUAGGAUAUAGAAAGGUUUAGACUGUGAACUAUGGCCUUUUAAGGGAAGAGAAAGUGUUGUUUUUUUUCCAAAAGAAGGCAAAUCUUGGUUGAAUAAAUAUUCAUAUGUUGGCUGAACAAACUGAGCUUAAGUUUCAGCCUAUAAACAAAGCAUAGUAAGGACAGAAUGCAUAAGAUAGCGAGAGUAAAGUGGGAACUUGUUUGUGACCUCAAGCCGAAACAAUGACAUCCUUUAUGCAUAUCCUCUUAUCUGAAAAUGACUAGAAUUCAUUUCUGUGGAAUACAAUAUGUCAUGUCAUAUGAUCUAUAUGUACUUUAUUGUAGCUAUUCUAGUUUGUAGUCCAAAUGCAGUCCAGCGUUGUCGAUACAAUGUGAACUAUGUUAUAUUUGUGUGGAUGAUGAGAGUGCCAACUAAGCCUGAUUAAGAUUAGCUUCGCGAUUUGUUUGUGCAUUAUGAUGACUCAUCAUCAACCGGUGGUGUCCAUAUUUCUGUCAUUGAUGAUUUAGUUUGACAGUAAGAAAAUGUAAAGAAUAUUGGAAGCAAUAUAGUAGCAUGUUGUCCUGUUUUGUGUUUUAUGUCUGUUGUAUGAACCUUUGAAAUUACUAAGAUUUUGAAUGAAUAGGUUUACAUGUACUUUUUGUAAGUUAUAAAAAUGCUGCUAUUUGAUAAGUAAACUAUACAAAAUAUUUUAGUUGAAAAGAUGUCUGGUCUGUUGAUUAGAAACAUGCUCUAAAAGGCUGGAGCAUAAAACGAGGUGUAUAGAAUACUAUACAGUAUUGGUAAGAUAGUAAAAGUAAUAAUAGACUUCAUAGUACAACCUGUGCCAAACUAGACCUCUGCAGCUUCUGAAAUUGUAGAUGUGCGAUCAAAUGUUAGAUAUCAAUAACUUGUUUAGAAGUGCUGAUCAAGUGCCAAUCAAACACUGUCUUUUAAGUUAAGAAAAGAUAAUCAAAUACAUUACUUAAGAAAACAAAGGACAAAGAACUUUUUGUGCAUUGUUUUAUCCCAUAGGUACAUAGAAUAAGAGUUAAAGAUUGUGAUUUUUAUGGAUCCAUGUUGUUUUACACUCCAUGCAUCCCUUGUGUGUUUGUUUGACCUGUGGCUUAAGUACUGCUGUUUUCUCACAAAUGUCUCUAUAGGCCAGCAUGGACUAAGCAUAACAUGUUAUAAGCAUUCAUAACAUAGCCAUUAACAAUCAAAAAUGUGUUUGUGGAGUUAGGUGUUAUCUUUUUGCACGUCUUCUAUUGCAUGGUAUCAAAGUAAAAUUAUGGAGGAAAAAAAAAUUACAAAAAUUUGCGAGGUGUCUCGCAACAUUCAGAGACAUAACACUGCAUGCAGUCAAAUGUAAAGCACUUAAGUUUACUCGCCUCAUGUUUAAAAAAAAAAAGUUGUUUUUUACGUUGUGAGUUGGGAGGGAGCUCAUUAUUGUCAUGUUGGCCCUAAAAAAAGACACAGACACACACGUGUACACACACACACACACACACACACACACACACACAUCUCAGAUCAAAUUCUCAUCAGUCAAGUUCAUCUCUCUACACAUCAUCAGAGAAGAUAUAUUGAUUUCUAGGUGCAGUGAGGAGUAUUAAAAAUGUGAAACAAGCAAACGUGAAAAUGUUAUUCAGUGCAUUGGCUCCUUGUGUUUAGGUUUUUUUUUAAAGGAUAUCAGGCAUGCAUUUAUUUUACAGACAGGUUGAACCUCAUAUAACCUGUCCCAUAAUGUUUUUUAGAGUUUUUUUAUGUCACAGCUUGAAAGCCCAGAUCUAAUCUAUGAAUGUACCCAUUUACUCUUCUUUUUUUUUAUUUCUGUUGAAUGUUAUUGGUCUUUAAUGUAAAUUCAGGGCAGGAAUGUCAAAUACAUGUAGAGUUACUAUCUAUGUCAAUAACAGAUUUCAGCUAUAGUCAGGUAGGCCUCACACGGCCAUAGUCAUGAACCAGAUAUGUUUUAACACAACUUCCGAUUCGCUGUCAACAUUAUCUUGUUUGUUUGGUGUUGCAUAAAUGCACUUUACUGAUCAGUGGUCAUAUUGGGUGUGAAAUGAAGCAAACCAUGUUGGCUUUCAACAGUUGAUUUUUUUGCCAUUCUUUGCUGUUACACUGAUGUUAUUUUUAUUUAUUUAUUCACUGAUCCUGUUGGGUCUCAUGAAUGAUGGAAAGGGCUGGAGUCUCAGACAAAAUAGAAAAGUAGCACCUGUUUCCCCACUUGAAGGCUUCUCCUUCACAUUCCCUUCAGCAGAGGUUUGUGUCAGUCAGUGAGUGCUUUGUUUUUAACUAACGUGUGAAACCAGGAGGGAUCUGGACGCUUUUGUCCUUUUUGCAUCGUCUUUAGCUUUAAAUUACAAAUUCGAAAAUGGUUUUCAUUUCUCCAGCAAAUUGGGAUUGAAGCACUGGGGUUAAGGUACUGAGGGAUGGGAGCUCGAAGUCUGGCUGAUAUUAACAGUCAGACCUGAGAGACAUAAUCGGCACCAGCAAAAUGAAGAUUGCCUCUGCCCCCUCAACAUAUUGAAAAUCACAGAGGAGACCUAUUAGACUUUGAAAUGCCUGGUGACAUGAGUGAAAUUUCUGUCUCAUUUCUUUAUGUUACAGACCCCUGUCGUUGCAUUUACUGCUUCACAUAUGAAUGCCAAACGAACUACGGUAUCAUUCCAAAAGUUGUCAUGUUUGUUUUUAUUUUCACUCCAAAUGUAUUCUGGACGAUCAUCCUCCCCCACGGAGCCCUUUCACAAGAAGGCUAGGACUGGUUUUAAUCGCUACAAACUGGCUAAAGCUGCUUGCUCCUCUCUUAAAACCUCUUCUACCUGAGUCUCACUCUCUCAGCCUACACGAUAUCACAAUUUGUGUUUCAUUACAACGAGCACCUGCUACUGUGUCCGCCCUUUAAACGGAUUAAGGUAUUUCUGAGCCCUUUCGUCUGAGAAAAUACAGGAUUCUUGCCAACCAGACAUGAGGCCAUUUUUGUCUUUGACCCUCUGAACCUCCCAUGAACAUAGCUGAUCUUCUCCAUCCCCCAAGAACUCAUGUAUGUGUCGGAUUUUACACCUCUUUUACUGUCAAAGUCUGUGAGGCUGUUCUAUUUCUUUUCUGGUUAUCUGGACAAUUCUGCAGGGUGGAACACUUGCUUAAGUGUAAACUGAAGAAAGCAUGCCAGUACCUUGCAAACAUUUUCAUGUCAUUGUAAAUUUUUUUUCGGGGUUCGAUUCAUUUAACCUCUGUUCUUUCCAUCUCAGAAAAAAAUGGACUGACAGCAUAAGAUCAUAUAUUCCAACCUAAGCAAAGUGAUGUUUUGUUGAUUGGGUACAUCUCUCUUGGAUAUUAAUGACAGCGGUUCUGUCUUUCGUUUGUUACGAGGAGAAUCUGUGAAAGUCCACAGUGUUAACUACCUAAAGGGCUUUCUAGGACAGCAUUUAUAUGUCUUUUAAAAAGAAAAAGUCCUCUGAAUAUGUUCAGAAAUUAGAGGAAAAUGCCUUCUUGUGCCAUUUUAGAAAAAGUGUGAAAGCUUUUAAUGGCAAAUAUUUGUCAGCAAGAGUGCCAAAUAAUUCCAUACUGAGCCAAAAGGCAGCCAGCCUACAUAACUAAAUGUUAGAUCACAGGAAUGGUUACGUCCCAUUUCCACUCCCCUUGGAAAACAUCACCCUAAUUGUACGACGUUUGAGAUCAUGUACCAUUAUUGUUAUGCUGCCAGUCUGUUUUCUGCUUUUGUCAGAGAAACAUCUCAGAAGCAGUAUAUUUUCUAAAUGAUACACUGUUGAUAAAAAGACAACAGCCACUAUGGUGAGGGAAUGAGAGGAUUUUAAAAGUGUCAUUGUUUUUAUUAUUAGUUUAUUUGAACAUUAUUCAUUAAUAGAUUUAACGGUAAUGACUAUUUAAUGUAACUGUAGUACUGUGUUUGUAAAAGAAAUUCAGUGAGUUGUGUUUUAUGACUCGUGGACUACCAGUGAAGUCAGCAUUUCAGUGUUAAUAAUUGAAUUGUUUUUUAAAGAUUAUUUUUGCGACGGCAACAAAGAGUCAUUAUAAAUGUUCAUUUUAACAUCA